AUGCUUACAUGUGCACCAGGACACAAACGAGUUGUUAUUUUUGUGGAUGACCUAAACAUGCCUAAAUUGGAUCGUUAUGGGUCUCAGCCUCCUAUUGAGCUCCUUCGUCAGUACCUGGACUUUGGGGGUUUCUACGACAGAGACAAACUAUUUUGGAAAGAAAUACAGGAUGUAACAAUUGCAUCAGCCUGCGCACCUCCUGGCGGUGGUCGUAAUCCUGUAACACCACGGUUCAUAAGACAUUUCGCCAUGCUGUGCCUUCCAACACCCUCAGAGCAUAGUCUUAAACAAAUUUUUCAGGCGAUCUUAAAGGGCUUUUUGGCAGAUUUCUCUCAAGCAGUAAAGCAGAAUGCAACAAACAUAGUGGAUGCUGCUGUUGAAAUCUAUCAGAGAAUGAGCAUUGAUCUUCUCCCAACACCGGCUAAAUCCCAUUAUGUAUUUAAUUUACGUGACUUGUCAAAGUGUGUGCAAGGCAUUCUUCAGUGUGAUCCUGGCUCAGUCAGAGACGAAAUGCAAGUCUUCAGACUCUUUUCCCAUGAAUGUCAAAGAAUCUUCCAUGACCGCCUCAUUAACAGUGAAGACAAACAGUACUUUCAUUCCAUACUAUCUGAAAUGGCCAGCAAACAUUUUGGAAUCCCAGUUGACCCAGAAUACUUUUUAAACAAACCAAUCAUAUUCGGGGACUUUCUUAAAUUUGGGGCAGAUAAAGCUGAUCGGAUAUAUGAAGAUCUGACUAACAUGGAAAAGAUUGUAACAGUUUUGCAAGACUAUCUGGAUGAUUACAACAUAACAAAUGCUAAGGAGACAAAACUAGUGUUCUUCCAGGAUGCCAUAGAACAUGUUUCAAGAAUUGCUCGAAUGAUUCGUCAGGAAAGGGGAAAUGCUCUGCUUGUUGGAGUUGGAGGUACAGGCAAGCAAUCUUUGACCAGACUUGCAUCUCACAUUUGUGGCUACACAUGCUUUCAAAUAGAGCUCAGCCGUGGUUAUAGCUAUGAUAGUUUCCAUGAAGAUCUGAGGAAGUUGUAUAAAAUGGCAGGAGUAGAAGACAAAGAUAUGGUUUUCCUCUUCACAGACACACAGAUUGUUGUGGAGGAGUUCUUGGAAGAUGUAAACAAUAUUCUAAAUUCUGGUGAAGUGCCUAAUCUGUUUGAAAAAGAUGAGUUGGAGCAAGUACUGGCAGCUACAAGACCCAAAGCCAAAGAAGUGGGAAUAUCAGAGGGGAACAGAGAUGAGGUGUUUCAAUUCUUUAUUAAUCGAGUUCGUCAGAAGCUGCAUAUUGUUCUCUGUAUGAGUCCUGUAGGAGAGGCUUUUAGAGCACGAUGUAGGAUGUUUCCAUCCCUUGUGAAUUGCUGCACCAUUGACUGGUUUGUGCAGUGGCCCAGAGAAGCACUUCUUUCCGUGUCAAAGACAUUUUUCCUGAAUGUUGAUCUUGGAAGUUAUGAGAUGAAAGAGAAGCUAUCAGUAAUGUGUGUAGAUAUUCACAUGAGUGUAACUGAAAUGGCAGAUCAAUAUUAUGCUGAGCUGCGGCGACGGUAUUAUACUACACCCACUUCCUAUUUAGAACUGAUCAAUCUCUACCUGACAAUGCUGAGAGAAAAAAGGAAGCAGUUGGUUUCAGCUCGGGAUCGUGUGAAAAAUGGUUUAUCCAAGCUAUUGGAAACAAAUGAGCUUGUAGAUAAAAUGAAAUUGGAUCUCUCAGCUCUAGAGCCAGUCCUGAAGGAGAAAUCUGUGGAUGUUGAGGCUUUGAUGGAAAAAUUAGCAGUGGAUCAAGAAAAUGCUGAUCAGGUUCGUCGUAUUGUUCAAGAAGAUGAAGCUGUUGCCAAAGUGAAAGCAGAAGAAACUCAGGCAAUAGCUGAUGAUGCUCAACGAGAUCUGGAUGAAGCUCUGCCAGCUUUAGAGGCUGCAAACAAAGCUCUUGACUCCUUGGAUAAAGCAGAUAUCUCUGAAAUUAGAGUUUUUACCAAGCCACCAGAUCUUGUCAUGACUGUAAUGGAAUCAAUCUGCAUUCUUCUAAAUGCAAAGCCUGACUGGGCAACAGCUAAACAGCUCCUUGGAGACUCCAACUUCCUUAAAAAACUUCUUGAAUAUGAUAAAGAAAAUAUAAAGCCACAAAUAUUGUUAAAGCUUCAAAAAUAUAUAAAUAACCCAGAUUUUGUGCCUGAAAAAGUAGAGAAGGUGUCAAAGGCGUGUCGGUCGAUGUGUAUGUGGGUGAGGGCUAUGGAUUUAUAUUCACGAGUUGUGAAAGAAGUUGAGCCAAAAAGACAAAAGUUUAAUGCUGCAAAGGCUGAGCUUGAUGCUACAAUGGCUACCCUUCGAGAGAAACAGAGAAAAUUAAGACAGGUGGAAGAGCAGAUACAGGCUCUGCAAGACCAAUAUGAAAAGAGUGUUGAAGAAAAAGAGAGCCUUGCAAGGACCAUGGCACUUACCCAAGCUCGCCUCACUCGAGCGGGAAAGCUUACAGCUGCACUGGGAGAUGAACAAGUUCGUUGGGAGGAGAGCAUCAAGAACUUUGAAGAUGAGAUUUCAAACAUCAUAGGGAAUGUAUUCAUAGCAGCUGCUUGUGUUGCCUAUUACGGUGCUUUUACAGCACAGUACAGGCAACUGCUGAUUGAAUGUUGGAUCAAGACGUGUCAGAAUUUAGAGCUUCCCAUCAGUCCUGACUUCAGCCUCAUAAACAUACUGGGAGAUCCCUAUGAGAUUCGCCAGUGGAACACUGAUGGGUUACCACGUGACUAUGUGUCCACUGAGAAUGGGAUUCUUGUGACUAGGGGACGACGGUGGCCACUGAUGAUUGACCCCCAAGACCAAGCAAAUCGAUGGAUAAGAAACAAAGAAGCAAAAAGUGGCUUAAAGAUAAUCAAACUUACUGACGCUGGUUUCCUGCGUACACUUGAGAAUGCUAUUCGUUUGGGUUUGCCCGUUCUUCUAGAAGAGCUCAAGGAAGCCUUGGACCCUGCUCUGGAGCCUAUUCUUUUGAAGCAGACCUUUGUUUCUGGUGGAAGAAUGCUCAUUCGCCUUGGAGAUUCUGACAUUGAUUACGAUAAAAACUUCAGGUUCUACAUGAUAACGAAAUUACCAAAUCCACACUACCUUCCAGAGGUGUGCAUCAAGGUCACUAUAAUCAAUUUCACUGUAACCAGAUCUGGCCUUGAGGAUCAGCUGUUAAGUGACGUUGUGCGACUGGAGAAACCUGAUCUUGAGAAUCAAAGAACCCAGCUCAUUGUACGAAUCAAUUCUGAUAAAAAUCAACUGAAGGCCAUUGAAGACAAAAUUCUGAAAAUGUUGUUUACUUCUCAGGGAAACAUAUUGGACAAUGAAGAACUCAUCAACACACUGCAGGAAUCAAAGGUUACCUCUGGUGCCAUUAAAUCAAGACUGCAAGAAGCAGAAACAACUGAGGAGAAGAUAAAUGCAGCACGUGAAAAAUACCGCCCUGUUGCCACUCGUGGAUCUGUCAUGUACUUUGUAAUUGCCAGCUUGUCAGAGAUAGAUCCUAUGUAUCAAUUUUCCUUAAAAUAUUUUAAGCAGUUAUUUAAUACAACCAUUGAGACAUCUGAAAAGAAUGAUAAUCUGCAGCAGCGCCUAGCAAUACUGCUCAAUCAGACUCUGUAUGCAACUUACAUAAAUGUAUCUCGGGGCCUUUUUGAGGAACACAAACUCAUCUACAGCUUUAUGCUGUGUAUUGAAAUCAUGCGACAGAGGGAGGAACUUACAGAUGCAGAAUGGAAUUUUUUCCUCCGCGGAGCUGCUGGCUUAGACAAGGAACGGCCAUCUAAGCCUAAUGUUCCCUGGCUUGAAGACACCAUGUGGUAUAUGUGCUGUGACUUAGAGGAAAUGCUCCCAUGUUUUAAAGGCCUUCAAAAGGAAAUACUUUCCAGGCACAUUUUCAUUAAAAUAGGGUGCCUUGAUAUUCACAUUAACCCAGAAGCUUGGGAAGGCUAUGAUUCUGAGCUUUCAUAUCAUUCAGGCCAAGUUGAAGAAGAAAAAAAGGAAGGCUUAACAAAAGGUCCCUGGGACACAAGGCUGAGCAUGUUUCAGAAACUGAUUAUUGUGAAAUGUUUUAUGGAAGAAAAGGUUGUCUCUGCGCUGACUGAGUUUGUAAUAGAAAAUCUUGGAAAACAAUUCAUAGAGAAUCCCCCAGUUGACCUGGGAACUCUUUAUCAAGACAUGUCCUCUUCCACUCCUCUAGUAUUUAUCUUAAGCACAGGCUCUGAUCCCAUGGGAGCUUUUCAGAGGUUUGCAAAAGAGCGAGGAUAUUCAGAACGACUGGAGUCAAUUUCACUAGGUCAAGGCCAAGGACCUAUUGCAGCAAAGAUGAUAAAGGAUGCAAUGAAAACAGGAAAUUGGGUAUUUCUGCAAAACUGUCACCUAGCAGUUUCAUGGAUGUUAGCUAUGGAAGAACUUAUUAAAAGUUUUACAGAGCCAAAUGUAUGUAUUCAUGAGAAUUUUCGACUCUAUUUAAGUUCCAUGCCUAGUGAAACUUUUCCAGUCACAGUCCUCCAGAAUUCUGUCAAGGUAACCAAUGAGCCUCCAAAGGGACUUCGUGCAAAUAUCAGGAGAGCAUUUACAGAAAUGACGACUACAUUUUUUGAGGAAAAUAUCCUUGGCAAAAAAUGGAGAAAAAUCAUUUUUGGCAUUUGCUUCUUCCAUGCUAUUAUCCAGGAGAGGAAAAAAUUUGGACCUCUUGGCUGGAACAUCUGCUAUGAAUUCAAUGACAGUGACAGAGAAUGUGCCUUGCUGAACCUAAACCUUUACUGUCAAGAAGAAAAAAUACCAUGGGAUGCCCUGACUUACAUAACAGGUGAAAUUACUUAUGGAGGGCGAGUUACAGACACCUGGGACCAGAGAUGUCUGCACACAAUCUUAAAGCGGUUUUUUGCUCCUGAAACGUUAGAAGAUGAUUACAAAUACUCAGAAUCAGGUGUAUAUUUUGCACCUGUUGCUGAUAGCUUGCAAGAUUUUAAAGAAUACAUUGAAAAUCUUCCUUUGAUUGAUGACCCAGAAAUAUUUGGAAUGCAUGAAAAUGCUAAUUUAGUUUUCCAGCGUAAAGAGACUAACACUUUGAUUACAACAAUACUUGAGGUUCAGCCAAGAUCAACUACACAAGGGUCAGGAAAAAGCAAUGAUGAAAUUGUUCAAGAGCUUGCCAGCACCAUUCUGACAAAGCUGUCACGAAAGCUGGACAUGGAAGCUGCUUCAGAGAGCCUUUUCAUCAAAGAUGACCAAGGCCGUGUGGACUCUUUAACAACUGUGCUUGGACAAGAAGUGGAUCGGUUCAACAAUCUGCUUAUGCUAUUGAGAGUCUCUUUAAACACUCUCAACAAAGCUAUUGCUGGUUUUGUGGUGAUGUCAGAAGAGAUGGAGAAAGUAUACAACAGCUUUCUCAACAACCAAGUUCCUACACUUUGGGCCAAUGCAGCAUACCCCUCACUGAAGACAUUAGGAGGAUGGGUAAAGGACCUUGUCCUAAGGAUAGCCUUUGUAGAUACAUGGCUCAGCAUGGGUCAGCCAAAGUCUUUCUGGAUCUCUGGUUUCUUUUUUCCUCAAGGAUUUCUGACAGGAACGCUUCAGAAUCAUGCUCGGAAAUACAAUUUGCCAAUAGAUGAGCUCAGUUUCAGCUACAAUGUUAUCCCUGUUUAUCGAGACCAAGCACACGUUACAGAAGCAUUAAAAAUGAGCCAAUUUGGGCAAGAAUUACCUAUGGAUAUGGAGUUACCCUCUCCUGAAGAUGGUGUAUUGGUUCAUGGGAUGUUCAUGGACGCUAGUCGCUGGGAUGAUGAAGAGAUGGUUAUAGAGGAUGCUUUGCCUAGGCAAAUGAAUCCUAUGUUGCCAGUGGUGCAUUUUGAACCCCAACGAAAUUAUGAACCAAGUCCGUCUCUGUAUCAGUCACCACUCUAUAAAACUGGAGCCAGAGCAGGAACGCUCUCCACCACAGGUCAUUCUACCAAUUUUGUGGUAACAGUACUAUUACCCUCAAAAAGACCAAGUGACUACUGGAUAUCAAAAGGAGCUGCCUUGCUUUGCCAGCUGAAUGAAUAAGCAGGAUGUGGAUACAACACAAGAGGGGAUUUGUAUAUAUUGCGUUCAGUGUAUACCCAAAACACAUUUUAGUAUUAUGACAGCCCUAAACCAAAAACAUAAGUAAGGAUUGGACUCUUGACAAUAUAAUAGUAUGAAAUACCAGUCUAUUCAUUGUCUUUUCUGUUUGACUUAGACUUUAUGAAAUAAAAUAUAGCUUGAUGUUA